AUGGCGACAUGGAGAGAUUGCAAUUUGCUAAGUGAGCCCUCAGUUGCCGGGCAGCUUCUCCCGACAAACUACUCGCCGUCGAGCAACCGAGCUCCCAGUCUCCCAGACGCCCAAGCCGUCCUGGACUUGUCGACAUCCGAUGGAGAAACCAAAUCUGUAGUCCUACCGGACCGCUCGUCGCCAAAAUCCCCUCCUCACCGUAUCCAAGAUCUCCACGUCGAUCGCGUCCUCGCACGGGCACAGAGACCAAAGAUCUCUGCCGGAGGAGGCCAAGAGGAAGCCAUGUUUGUACCGCGCAAUGGCAUUUUUGGGGGCCGAAACAGCCUCACGUUCUUCUCCGACAGCAGGCUUCUGUCCUUGUCGACGCGUCUCCAGAAUCGAAAGGUAAACGACCUCGUGGGACGAAUUUCGGCCGUUGUCAAUGGGCGGUUACGCCGUAUCGACUCGACCACGACGAAUCCCCGGAGGGCUCAACCUCCCGACUUGGGCACCGAUAGAACCCGCGUGGCCUUGUACAUCCGCCUCUACUUUGAGCGGGUGCAUCCCAUGUUCCCGUUCCUCGACCGCACGACUUUUGAGACCACAGUAUCCAGUCCAAACUUUCCCGACCUUCUCGAACGGAGCAAACCUUGGUGUUGUCUCUACCACAGCGUCCUUGCCUUGGGGUCUCAGUAUGCCGAUGGCGGCACAUUCGAGCCUGGCAAGGGCGAGUCAUGGCGACUAUUUUCUGUCAGCUUGAGCGGCUUCUCGGAGCUUCUGUUGCUACCUGAUUCUCUCACCAUCCUGCAAGCACUGACGGCCAUGUCGGUGUUUGGGCUAGGAGUCUCUGGCUUGGCUGUCGAACCUGUCAUCAUGUCAGAGGCGACAAGACGGGCCCAGAUAAUGUCGAGUCAUAGCUUUAGUGGCCCGACGGCUCACGCUUAUCAGAAAUCGUUCUGGAUUUUGUACGUAAUUGAGAAAAUUGCAAGCUUCCACUUUGGGAGGAGUUCUGGAUUCGUCGACAGUGACAUAUCAUGUCCCAUCCCCCUUGUGCCCGAAACAACGACGGGAGACUUCAGCUGGUUCUUGCACUUUGUGCGCUUCGGUCGCCUCCUAUCUCGCGCCUACACAUCGCUUUUCUCGGUUGGCGUCUCGGGCAAUUGCAACUCGUAUUACCUCGACGUAAUUGACCAGUUGAAUGGCGAACUAGAGCAGUGGAGAGCGUCUCUGCCCGACAACGGCUUUCGUCCGGGCGGAUUCAUACGGCCGCAAACCGUAUCUGGUUCUAAUAGGAGAUCGCUGGCUGUCAUUGUCCAUUACCUCUACUACAGCCUGUUGUUAACGCUAGCAAGGACAACAUUGUGUUACCUGCCUGUCCCGGAAACCGCGGCGGUAACGGCAACAAAGGAUGACAGCAUGAAGAAAAUUUUGAACGCGUCGAGGGUCAUCUUGGAGCUGACCACAAUGAUCGAGGUUGAGCCAUACACGGUGGCAUGGGCUCUUGCUGGGAUUCCCAUCACCGCGCUUUUCGUAUUAUUCGACCUUGUGAUUCACGACCCUCGGCAAUCGGGCACGAGCUCCAACCUAGCCCUGCUCGACGUGGUUGCUGGCCACUUUAGUAGGAUCGAGUAUGCCAGUGGUGGCACGGUGCCCGGUUCUCUGAUUGCCGAGUUCGCAAAAAUUGCACGAGAUUACGUGAAAGAGAUUCAGGAUUCAGAGGCCGGCUUGACGGACUCUGCGAGUGCGAGAGGACCCAUGAGUACGGUUACGAUGCCAAUGGUAUCGCAGUCGUCUGGGCUUGAUGCCGAGAAAAGCAGGCAAGCGCCCAGACAAACGCACAUGACCCUGGACCUAUCAGAGGCUAUGGCGAGAGAUGCCAUGAUGUCUGGCCCGAUGCAGCAACCGGGAUACACCGACUUUUCUUUCGAUCACGGGAUGAGUCAAAUGUCUCCUAACGCACUCAUGGGGACAGACGUGAUGGGCAUCUUUAACUAUUUUCUGCCUGAUCUGGACCCCAUGUUCUACCAGGGGUUGACGCAAGAGUACGAUCUGAUACCGAAUCAAGGGGCCGUCGGCGUGGAAAAGUGA